CGUUAGGUUAAUAUUAGCUAAUAUUAGCAAUACCACUUUUUACCCAGCAGCCACACUGUAUAUAGCAAAUUGCAUCAGGUUCUGAUAUGCUAAAAGUUACUCAUCCUCAUCUCAAGCACAUGCUUGUACAUACAUAUUUAUUUAUAUUUCCAUGAUUCAGCUGUCCUGUGCUUCAAAUUACACAAAACAUUUAGAUUACAAAGUGAUAUUCCUGUUCUUUAUUUUAUCUUUGCGGUUGUAAUGUUAAGCUUGAGACUAAUAAGAUUACAUAGAAAACAAAUACCAAGGAAUUGCAUAGGCAUAUUAACACAAACAACGAUAGAUAUCGAGAUAUUAUUUCCAAUCAGAAGGUCAUAUUUCCGAUGGAUUCCCACAUCAGACAAAGAAUUUGCAGAAUCAGAGAGGAAGCUGCUAACAUGUUUGAAGUCACCAUACGAAACUUGCUUCGUGGACGCUGGAGAAGUUUCGGAAUUUCAAAACCUAACCAAACUGACGAAUAUAAAGAUUCAGACCCUGGCAGUAAACAAAUUGCGACAAGGAACUCCACUCGUACUCUUGCAUGGAAUGGGUCUAGGACUUGGCUCGUUGUUAUCUAUGAUUAACGCCGUCUCAAGUCAGUAUCAAGGACCAAUUUAUGCCUUAGAUUUGCCUGGUUUUGGCCGCAGUACACGCUUAAACUUUCCAACCGAUCCUAAACAAGCAGAGGAGACGUAUAUUAAAUUGUUGGAGGGGUGGCGACGUGCCCUUCAUCUGACAAGAGUAUCUAUUGUGGGGUACAGUUUAGGGGGCUUCUUAGCUACAUCAUAUGCUCUCAAAUAUUCUGACAGAGUUCGAGAACUGGUUUUGUUAGACCCGUGGGGAUUUCCAAAUAAACCAAAGAAAUUAACGUCACUUGUAGGAAGUCGAAACCCUGUCGCAAUAUUUGCUACAAUAUCAGUUACAAAACUAAUAAACGUUUUCGCCACAUUAAGACUGCUCGGACCCUUGGGUCCUCUUGUUCAUCGUGGCAAAAAAGAAAGUAAACUUUUCUGCAGAAACUUUGAAAUUCAUGCUCGAGUAUCAGGGUCAGGAAAAAACCUGAGUGAAUAUUUGUAUCAUUGCAUGGCUGCGAAUCCAAGUGGGGAGGCUGCCUUUCGCUCAUUAAUGGAUUCAAUUGUGUUCGCCAAAAAUCCAAUGUGCCAACGACUUUAUGAUCUAAGGGUACCUAUGACCAUGGUUUAUCCGCAAUAUGACUGGUUCAUCCCUGGAAUUCCGAGCAAAGAAUUGCAACAACUAGCCGGACGAAAAUGUCCCCUUCGGAUUCAUACAAUUCCUUCGACGAAUCAUGAGACAAUACUUUUCGCGAAAGAAGUUGAACAAUUACUUUGUGACAUGAAUGCAAAAACUGAAGACUGCAGUAGUUAAUAUUUUGGAACAAUGUAGUUAUAAUAUUGGUAAUUCAUAAAAGUCUGACCACCCAGUGGCAUAUUUUGUUAUACAUGAAUGAACGUACUCAAGGCGACAUAAGCUAUUGUAGUUAUAGAGAGAAGUACACGCGCUCGUAUAUACCGUAUUCAUUUUAUAAAUGUAUUUAUUUUUUUAAUUUGUCACCUCCUGAUAUAAUUUUUUCCAUAACUACAAUCUGUAUGUCCCCUUGGCACGUGUCAAGUACUUUAAUCAAUUGAAGUCUUGGUUAUUUUAGCCAAUUUCAAUUUAUUACUUUCUCGUAAUAUCUUAUUCAUUUGAAUACCGAUGUGUUAUAUAUAUGUACAUCAUGUACACCACAUUGCGUUAUUUCUUGCCUGAUUUUGCUGUUGUUAUUUGUAUAAUGAUAAUGUUUUGUGUGAAGAUGCAAAUUACUAUGGAUUCUUAAUUAGAUGUUGACCUAGCAGAAUCCGAAAUUAUUGACACCUUUGUGUUUAGUUUUUACGUUAAAAAAAAUCCAAUAAAAGAGUUCAUUUUGCCAAGAAGAUUGA